AUGGGAGUCAUCGCUGAUAUCCUUACUGAAGCUGGGCAUGACGUGACACUCCUGCUGCCGGUUAUGGAUUCGGAGGAGGGGAACAAGACUGGAGUGAAGCUAACAAAGAAAAUCAUCAAAACACCCAUCGAUCCACGAGUUGAUGAGAUGAUGAAAUAUAAAUCAGUCAUGCUGAGCCACAUGUGGACGAUGCAACCAACGGUUUUCGGGCUCUUACAGAGGGAAACAAAUAGGACACCCGGCGGAAGUCUAUCUGACGUCGACGUCAACUAA